GCCUGAGGGAGUACUUCAGCAAGUUCGGCGACAUCACCGAAGUGAUGGUGAUGAAGGACCCCACAACGCGGCGCUCCAGGGGCUUCGGGUUUAUCACGUUCGCCGACCCGGCUAGCGUAGAUAAGGUUUUAGCCCAAGGCACGCACGAGCUAGACGGUAAAAAGAUUGACCCGAAGGUUGCCUUCCCCAGGAGAGCACAUCCAAAGAUGGUGACGCGAACAAAGAAGAUAUUCGUGGGCGGCCUAUCGGCACCUACCACGCUGGAGGACGUCAAAAACUACUUCGAGCAGUUUGGACCGAUCGAGGACGCGAUGCUGAUGUUUGAUAAACAGACCAACAGACACAGAGGGUUCGGUUUCGUCACGUUCCAGAAUGAAGACGUCGUAGACAAAGUAUGCGAGAUUCACUUUCACGAAAUCAACAACAAAAUGGUGGAGUGCAAGAAGGCGCAGCCCAAGGAGGUGAUGCUGCCGGCGAACCUCGCGAAGACGCGCGCCGCUGGCCGGGGCGCUUACGAUUUUAUGUGGUCGCUGGGGGCUUUACCAGAUGGGUUCUCCGCGGCCGCGUACGCCGCAUACGCGGCAGGUCGAGGUUAUUCGGGCUACCCGUCAUUCGGACUGCCGUACCCCACAGCAGGCCUGGCCGUGUUCGGCGUAUCGCGCGCCCGAGCGCCCACGCCGGCCCGAUGCCUGCCCGCCGUGGACCUGACAAACGGCCAGCUGACACCCAACAACAACACGCCGCUGCUCACUCAGGCUCUGUCAGUGAUGAACAACUACCAGGCCGCGGCGGCAGCUGCGGCGCAGGGCUUCGGCCCUCCGGCGUCGCCGCACGCGGCGCAUGCGCACCAGGGCUCGCGGCCCGCGCCCUUCCCGCCUGCCAACAGCCCUGGACCCAUCGACAUGUACAGCUCCAGCGACGGAUACGUGCAGGCCGCUAGCCCACAGCCCUCCGGCUUCCCGGCCAUCGCCGGGCCGCUCAUCCCAGCGGCGUUCACCAACGGCUACCACUGAGUCCAGCAGUAGAUACUCCCUGCUGCUGCUGCUGCCGCUGCCACUCCACUACAGGUUUUGGGUCACUGUGGAAACUCAGGUUGUCACAACGUGAACGAGUGCCGUCUUCUUCUGUUUCCUGCAGUGCACGGCCAACAGUGAAUGCACAUGCUGUUCAGACUCUAAUUCAGUAUAUACAUUAAAUUUGACCUGCCCUUCACAUUGGAGGCAUCAACAUUAUAUAUACAUAUAUAUAUACACACACACGAUAUAUAUGCAUCAAAAAGAGAGACUCUGUUUCCGCCUGAAGGCUCUUACAUUCUUUAAACAUACUAUUAGCUAACCUUUGCGUGCUCAUUCACUUAAAAAUUUAAUGUUUCACUUUCUGAUGAAAAUGUGAUUAUUUGAAACCGUUCAUUGUAAUUUUUGGUUUCACAUUUCAGGACUUACAGGUUCCCAGAGAAGAUCUCUUAUUGUGUUAUCUUUAGCCUCUGAACUCUUGGACAUUUAGAUGAUUUACAAAAAUGAAAUAUGCACAUUCUUGAGCUUCCAAUUCAUUAUCAGCUAUCAGCAUACACUGACAUUUAGUUCUGUCAUUUCAUCUCUCAUUACCAGUGUGUGACCAGUGCAUUAAAAAUCUGUAUUUUAAAACAAAAUUGCUCUCUUCUGUAUCUGAAGUACAGAUUCUUGAUACAUUAUAAGUUAGUUCUGUGGGAGUUCUGGCGGAAAAAUACUUGCUACUGUUAUAAGAAAUGAUUAAUGAUUUAUAAAUUUAAUUGAGAAAAAGUUUUGUGACACUGUGGAGUGAUUGAGUAUGUCACAAAAUCAAAAUACUUAUACUUAUUGCAAAUGUUAAUCUAUAUUCUAGACAUAAAUACAGACAAAUAUAUUGAUAAGAACUAUUAUUACAGUUAUUAUUAUUAUUAUGAUAUACAUUAAUCAUAUUGUAUUAUACAUAUAUGCUCUUGGAGGACACUGUGGAUACUACUUUGUGUUUGCUGGAAAACAUUGUUUAUGCAGAACAUAAAUUACUCCAGUCUGCAACACUGAAAGAUCUUCAUAUGUCUUUCACAUUCUGGUAUUUUCUUGCAUGAUUUCCUUUGCCACAUGGCUGAAUUUUGGAGGAUAGUGAUAACUAUUGUAGGAAUAUGGCACUCAAAUUUUCCAUUUCCUUACAACAUGUAGCUUCACGUAUUUUGUUUGGUUUAAUCACUGUACAAAGUGCCAUUUUCAUACAUCAUUCCUCCAUAGAACAAAGAAAUUUUGUUAAUAGAUUUGCACUUUGAUCAGUCCUUGAUAGCUUACAGGGUACUGCUAAUGAAAUGAAUUACAUUGUCACAUUAAAUGUAAUGGACCAAGAGUGCAAAUGACCACAGGACAUACACAUUGCAAAUAUUUUCAAGCAAUUGCACUAGGUCUAAAGCCAAUCUUUUCAGUACAGUUUUCAGUUUAUGUUCUAUCACAAAAUUUUUUAAGUAAGAUCAAUAGCGUGCAGAACUUGAAAUCAGUAAAGAGAAAUAUAAAAUUUAUGAAGUUAAAGAAAGUGAGGGCAGAUCUUUAACACAUCCUUCUUAAGGACAUGCUAAACAAUAUUAUAUAUUUUACAUUUAUAUACAUAUAUAUACACAUCUAUAUUUUAAUUCUUUUAACUUUUAUGCAUUUGUAUAUACAAAUAAUUAUUGAUGUUUUAAUAUGUCAUUAAGUGUAUAUCCUUGUGAUGGUGAUAAAUCACCAAAAUAUGCAGGGACAUGAAAUUAUGCUGUUUGUACAUAAUGAACAACAACAAAGGAUUAGAAAUAGUUUAGAAAAAUGUGUAGCUUCAUAUUACCCUUAGAUAUAUCGAAUUAGUGUGUAGCUAUUUAAUUGUUUAGAAUUAGGUAAAGUAAAUCACAUUUUACAUGGAAGUCCAUGUCUUUUCCUGAUCAGAGGAAGAAAACAAGACAUAAUAAUGUGUUUGAGAAGGUGUUGUAACACUUAAAGCAUGUAGUGUCAUUAAUUUCUUUGUGGUGAAUCAGUCAAGCAGAAAAUGACUUUGUUAAUAAAUAGUAAGCACACUAAAACAAAUUUUAACUGUCAUUUUGAAAAAUGAUGGGCAGAAGAUGUGAUUGAAGGUGUGAACUUUCGAUGGAUGUUGCACAUUAAAAGAGCAAAUAUCAUGUAUACAAAACAUUUUUAAUUUCUGUAUAUGGCAGAUUGAGGUGUGUGUUGUUGAUUUAUAAGGAAACACUGUUUCCUUCCUGUGUGUCACAUUUCCAUAACAAAAGACAUUUCAAAUGAAUAUGCAAUUAUGAUACCCAACUCAAGAUUUUUGUUAACAAUAAGAAGUAAUUGGCUCCUAUUAUCAGAAAUUUGCUAGUAAACAGCAGAAAUUAAUUUGUGAACAUUAAUUCCUAAAACAGCAAGGAGAGUAAAACACUAACUAAAAAGCCUCAUGAUUAGAGACCACUAAUAUACACUGGAGGCUUAUAAACUGUAAGUCUCAUUGUUGCAAGAAUCAUAACUAUUUAUAUUUUAAUCCUGUAUGUAGAUUUGUGUUAGAAAUUUCUUGAAUUUCAGUUAUUCUUAAUAUACCUUUAUUAAAGUUCUGGUAUGCCAGUUUUAUUUUGAAAUUGGAAAAAGUAGUUCUGUCCCCUGUGAUACAGCAAUGACAUUAGACUCAUCAGAAUCUCCCAUUUGUUGAAUUAAAUUUACACUGAAAUGAUGUUGCAACAAUGAAAGCUGUUAUUUUGAUUACAACUGCACCAGAACAAGGAAAACAUGACUUUGCAUUCUAUAUAUGUUAAAUGUUUAUGCCUUUAAGUUGUCAAAAUAACAUUUUAUUCCAGAGCAUUCUAGAACACUUAGUUGGCUACUGCAUUUUUGGCUCUACUUAAACCACAGUGGCCAAAGAAUCGUCAGUACAAAGAGAAAUGUUGUUAUUGAAGGCAUUACGGCCUACUGCAAGUAUUUUGUUUUACUCUGUAGUUCAAGGUGAUAUAGAAUGUGAAUGCGUUAUCAUGAAGUAAUGUAGAAAAAUGUGUGUCGGUAGCAAAAAUUGGGAUAUAUCUAUAUAUUAUAUAUAUGAGAAUUAUAUAUGAAAUGAUGAAGUGUCCUAAGAUAAUUAGUAAUUGCAUUAGUUUAUACAUAUGUCUCAUCAUGAUUCAUCAUUGGUUAAGAUGGAGACUUAUUUCAUCUUUUACUGUUAUGUGGUCUUGUGGUCCUUGUUUAUCAUCAUUUUAAUGUAGCACUUUGUUCCUGGUACACUCAGCUGCUAUGUGUAAGUGAAAUAUCAUCUCUUAAUUUCAGCUCAUUGUAACAAUUUUAAAUUGGACAAUAUGCAUGAAACAGGAAGUAAAGAAUAACAGAUAAUCACAGGACAAGUGUUGAAGGAAACUUUUGUUAUUCUUUUACUUGUUUACUAAAGCACUCAUAUUUGAUUUUUGUGUUGCAGAAAGUCUUGGAGUGCAAGUAAUCCUUUAAAUGUCUUUGGGAAGAGCUAUUUCUGAGUACUGACUGUUAAUAUUCAACCUGUUUCCAUCUAAUUUAUUUUUGUGUCUAUACAAGAACACAGUUAAUGUUCCUUGUUUCUAGAGUGAAGUUUAUUAGUAACAGUGUUUUAAUCAGUAGACAUCUCCAAAGCAAUACAGUGCUGCAGUGCUGUGGCAGUACUCUUUAACAUAAAUCCUGUAUUUUGAUACCAUGAAAUUGUUAAUAAAAUAAAAAUUGAAUAUGUAAAAUAAAAGUCUGUGUGAAGAGAAUAUUUCUUUGAUGAGAUUGAAAGAUAUUAUUGAGGUUGGUAUUGAAGAUGUGUUAUAAUAAUAUAGAAAACAUUUUUAAUAUAAAGCCAAAUGAUGACUGCUUCUUAAUACACCAUCUAUCUUUUUGAUAGAUUUUUGUAUCAUAAUGUAUGAAUUUUAAGAGCAUUCAGUGUUUUUGAAUAGAAGAGUGUAUGUCAAUACAGAUCACUUGUAAAGAACUGGACUUUACAUUCAGAUAGUGUGGAUGUGUGCAUGUCUGCGUUCUUAAUUCUUACAGACUGAUAUUCAGAAAAGCAAUAAUAAUAUGGUAAUUAUUUAAACCCCAUGUAUGAAAAAUCUUUGUACUUCUAUCACAGCAAUGCUAAUGCUUAGCUUCUGCCUCAGUAUUGUUGUUGAUGUGUACUUUAAUCUGGAAAUUACACCGCGCUGUUUGAAAAAAAUUGUCUUGAGCCUUCUGUACUCAGCCAGGUUGUUAUGAGCUUCCGAUAUAGUGCAUUAGUUCAAAAAUAAGUGAAAAAUGACACAUGUGAUAGUUUUGUGUCUGUGACAUUUGUGUGGUGAUGUUGACAGCAUUCACAUAGCUUUGUAACAGUGACAACUGUGUCUCUCCUCCUGAUUCCUGUGUGGAGUAAUACAUGAAUUCUAUUACUUUUUGUAAUCAGAUUAUUUUAUUUAUGUGUAACUAAUAAGUGAUACAGUUCAUCUUAGUUUGAGGGAGGGGUGUGCACCACAAACUUUACUAGCAGGACAUACAAUCUGUGUCAGCACGUUCUGCAGUUAAAUGAUGUGAAAAUUACAGAUGUAGUUGUAAUGAAACUUAAGUGCAUGAACUACAUGUACAGAAAUGUACUAUAUGUUGCUGUGUUCACAUUACGCAUACUGAAACAAAGCUUUAUGUACAAAAGCAUUCAUCAUUUGGCUGGAACUGUUUUGUACACAAUUUCACACACACACAAUAAUCAACACACACAUAUUAUCCAUCUACACCAAUACACUCUUUGACCCAGCUGGGCAUGUCUUCCGUAGUAGGCAUGCAGUUGAACUAUUAUGUUAAUAUAUCCCUUUUAUCACAUGUUGUUGUGAUUAAUAUACUGUUUACACUAUGGUAUUAUGUAAAAUGUAUGUUAUUAAUGGAUAGAAGUGUUACCUCUUUGUUAUGAAAAUACAAUGUAAUAACCAAACUGAAUGUAACAAUUAAGUGACGUAUGUAUGCUUGUGUUACUUGUGUGUGCAGUUGUCAUACAUGCAUUACAUAGAACAAAUAUAGUUGUAAUUGUCAUUUAUGUUAUAAGAACACUGCUUCUUCACUGAAGCUGUUGUAUUGAAAUUUAGUGUAUAAACAAAUUUUCAAAAGAGAAAGAGAAAUAUAUCCAAAUAAUUUGAAUAAUUACAAAAUAACCAAAUUAUCGUAUGUAUUACAAAUGGUGGUACUCUAUCACGUUUAUUCAUAAUAAGGGUAAUUGGUUAACUAUACACUGAAACACACACACACACACACACACACACACACACACACACACACACACACACAAAAAGAGCACA